UAGUUUCUCGCAUCAGGUACGUGCCAAGUCUUAAAUUCACUCCCCGCGCUGCGCUGAGGGAGGGCAGACGCUGGUAUCGCGACGGGGGUGUGAGUGAGUGCACCGCCCCAUGAGUAUGUCGCUCAGGAAGCCUUGUGAGAGGAUGACGACCUCACGGCUGCCGGCCUCCAAGGUGGUGGUGCUGCUGCUGGUGGGUGUGAGCGGCGUGGUGCUACUCAUGUACCUCCACCUGGCCAAGGAGGUCUGCACACUGCGGAACUACAUUGAAAGCCACUCCAUGGAGCUGCAGAUGAGCGGGGCAGCACUGGGGCAGGAUGGCAGUGACAGCAGCAUUAGCAGUAGCACGAACAACAAUAACAUCAACAACAACAACAACAUCAACAGCAACUCAGGGCGGGGGCGAGGUGGUGGGGGAGGACGGGGAAAGGGAGGCAGAGGAAGAGGAGGUAGCGGUGUUGGUGGUGGUGGUGGUGGUGGCAGUGGCAGCAGUGGUAACAACAAAGGGCUGGACUUGGACAGCCUGGUGGUGAUCUACAACCGCAUCCCCAAGACCGGCUCCACAUCCUUCAUCGGCCUCGCCUAUGACCUCUGCUCCAAGAACAAGUUCAGUGUGAUCAAUGUGAACACCACCAAGAAGAACCCAACACUGUCCCUCACUGACCAGAUGCGGUUUGUAUACAAUGUUUCAAACUGGGAGGAGAAGAAGCCAGCCAUUUACCAUGGUCAUCUGGGCUACCUGGACUUCCACAGAUUCGGGGCAAAGCUUCAGCCACUCUACAUCAAUGUCGUCCGCAAGCCACUGGAUCGCCUCGUGUCCCACUACUACUUCAUCCGUUAUGGGGAUGACUUGAGGCCGCAGCGAGUGCAGAAGAAGACUGGUGACAAGAUGACCCUGGACGAGUGUGUGGCCAUCCAGCACCAAGACUGCUCCACCACGCACCUCUGGAUGCAGAUUCCCUUCUUCUGUGGACACUAUGCUGAGUGUUGGGUGCCAGGAUCCACCUGGGCCCUGGAACUGGCCAAACACAACCUGGUCCACAACUACUUCCUGGUGGGGGUAACAGAGGAGCUGGAGGAGUUUGUGGCCAUGCUGGAGUACUCCCUCCCACGCAUGUUCAGGGGUGCCCUUGACCUCUAUGUCUCAGGAACCAAGUCACACAUCCGAAAGACCACAAAGAAGAUCAUGCCCUCUGAGGAAACCAUUGCAAAGCUACAAAAUACAAAGGUUUGGCGGCUGGAGAAUGAAUUUUACAACUUUGUGCUUGACCACUUCCACUUCAUCCGCAAGAAGACACUGAUGGAGAGUGACGCAGGAGGACUGGUGGACCGGGGACAAAACUUUGUGUACGGCAAGAUCAAGCCCAGGAAAAGGAUGGAGCCAUGCAAGAACUCAGCCAAAGCAAAGGAUGCAGCAGGAGUAGUGGUGUGCUGAGAGGACGUUUAGUGGUAGUGUGUAGCCUCCUUUCGAUGUAGCUAACACAUAGGGUACUUGACUGCCUUACACUAGUGAACUAAUUUCUCUUUGUAACUCAUCCUCUUGGUGCUACGAGUCGAGGUGUAAAUACCUACUACCAUCUUGUAUGGCAUUUAGUGAUCAUCGUGUCUUGUUCACUCCUUAGGUGGUAGGGCAGCUGUGUUUGUGUCAGAAUUUCAUCUAUCAAUUAAUCUCCAUAUGUCUCUCAGUAACAAGCAGCCACAGAAGGAGUCGAUGGUUCAUCGUCAUGUGAUUCUUUCAUAGCUAUUAGCAGUGUAAGGUCAAUGAUAGUAUUUUUACAAUGGCAGGAAUGAUGCGUUCUCUGUAAAUAUCAUCCAUGUUUGUACAAAUGUUUUGCAUGACUGUAACUUCUGCAGGACUUGGGCAGUGUUUUGUAUUGUCUUACAAGGAAUACCACACCCUUUGCUCCCUGAGGGUUUGAUGCAUCCACAUACUUCAGUGUUUCAUACAUAACAAUCUGCAAGGUAAUGGGUAUAGUUUUGUAGGAAGUGUUAGAGGGCUGAUGCCAUUUGUACGUAUCUAUUUGUAUAUACUAGUGAUGGGCAAGUACUACACAGUAAUGCAGCCUCUAGCAUGGUUAGUACUGAAACAUUCCCUAGUUUAAGUGAGCCAGCCAUUCGUGUUGGUUUUGUACCAGGCCAUCCAGUUUUCUUCCACUUAGCAUAUAAUAUUACUGAGCUGCUACAAAGUACACCACUUUACACAUAGACCACUUGUUCCAUAGACAUGCAUAUUAUAGUACAACUGCAAGUGCUUUUUGUAUGAAUGUAAUAUGUUUUGCAAACCCCAAGAGUGGGACGUGUUUUGCUAAUUGUUUCUUUGUUAUGCCACAAGCAAUCACAUCUGUCACUUGAGUCUGUAGGCUUAUGUUUUGUCUCACUCCAGGCAAAGAACCCCUCAAGCUUUUUGAGAGCCACGCUGUGCCCCACCUCUCCUUGCCAUCUCAUUACUCACUCCCUCACAAGCUGUUGUUGUGGUGGUUGGGGCUAAGCAACUCACCAUUUUUUUUAUCAUUUGCUGCAUAAGGAACAUUUUGCUUAGUUCAUAUACUGUUAGCAUCAUUUGAAACAUAGAUUAUAGUCAAUCUUCGCCCAUCAUAACAGUUGGGUUCUUGGAUCUGUUGUGCAUGGCAAAUUUCUUGCUCAGUGAUUAAGUUUCAUUUGGGUAAAUAAGGUUAGGUUCUCCCAUACCAUCUUCACAACUGGAUUAGUCAGCCCUGCCCUAAAAGCAGCCUGACCUUCUGUCUCCACACUGACUGGUGAUCAGCCACAGCACUCCUUACCAUUCUUCGAGGUUGUCAUUUAUGCUGACAACACCAUCCGAGAGCACCUCCUUUAGCCUUCAGCCUAACAUUCCAUGGGUAAGAUUCUGCAGAAAAGAAGUUACCUCAGCCACUUUGCUGAGAGAAGUGGGAGGAUGAUGAUUUUUAUGUGGUGCACUAUAGUUUUGUCAUUUGCCACCUCAGGACACCUCCAAUGGACAACAGUUAAUGCUGGCAGUGUUGAUGAAAAAAUGUGGUUUUACCAUGUGCCUAAGCAUUCGGUGGCUUUCCCAUUGGCUGUUGGCUACAAGCACUGAAACUGCAGGCUUAAUGAGUUCUGACUUGUCAGUAACAGCAGCCAUUAGAGUUGAGAGUACAGUAGCUGGUUGGUAAACUCUGGAGCCACCUCAGUCCCUCAUACAUUACUAUUUGUGCAGUUGCCAGCUGGCAGUGGCAUGGAGGGUUGUGUGCAGUGGUGUUUUGGCAAUGUGAGUUAGUGCAAAAUGGAUAUGUGUCAAAUAUUGGAUGAUUUACCCAUUCUUGUAAUCACAGGUAUCUUGCUCACCAAAUUUGUGUUCAAUGAGGGCUGAUUAUGUCUGUAUUAUAUUCACACGUGUUUAUAUAUUGGGUUGUAUCUAUUUAUUGUUUUUUAUUUUCUAGAUGGAAGUCUACAUUAAAUAAACUUUAAGCAAACA